AUGCCGCCGCAGCGCGAGCCCCCGAGACCACCACCACCGGCCGUCAUCGAGGCUGAGAUGCAAUGGAUCUUCACAGAAGAAGAAUUACUCUUGGCGCCGUCCAUAAUCGAUGGAAUGCCCGCUGAAGAGGAGCGCACACUACGGCGGAAGGGCGUCGGCUUCAUAUUACAAGUGGGCAUGAUGCUCAAGUUACCGCAAACCACUCUCAGUACAGCGGCAGUCUUUUUCAAUCGCUAUCUCAUGCGAAUGAGCUUGAAGCCACGGCCCGGGUACAAGCCACUCCAUCACUAUCAAAUCGCCGCAACGGCGCUAUUCCUCGCAACGAAAGUCGAAGAAAACUGCCGCAAAAUGAAAGAACUCGUCGUCUCAUGCGUUCGAGUCGCGCUCAAAGACCCCAACAAGCUCGUCGACGAGCAGACAAAAGACUUCUGGAAAUGGCGGGACACUAUCCUGUACAGCGAAGACGUCUUACUCGAGGCUCUAUGUUUCGAUCUAAACGUGGAAUCACCAUACAAGACCAUGUACGACAUGAUGAAGUACUACGGCGUCGAGCACAACAAGAAACUGCGCAACUCGGCCUGGGCUUUCCUCUCCGACUCGACAUCCACACAGAUGUGUCUACUGUUCACAUCGCGGGCCAUCGCCGCGGCAUCUUUGUACGCUGGCGCGCGCAUGGCCGAGGUAGAGCUAGGCGACGAUGAUGGCAAGCCUUGGUGGGAAAUACAACAUGUCCAACUGCGCGACAUUAGAAGGGCAUGUAACCUCAUGGCAGAUCUCUAUGAGAAGUCGCCAGACAAAGAUGGGGAGCCGUCCAUGUACGCGGGGCUCAGGACGCCAGAGGACGGUAUCGAUUUUGGCGAUACACCCGAGGGUAUGGAAGGCGUACAAUCGACAAGUCAAAGCCAGCCGCCUGCAAAUGGUACCGGUGAUGGUAAUGUGACAGAAAGAGGCAGCGAAGAGGGUGAACUAGAUGGUUAG